GAGCGUUGCGGGCUCUCAAACCGACACUCUGAAAAACACAAUUACACGCGCGAGCCGAAUGCGUGGAUAUCAUGCAGUCACAUGAAACCACUUUAAUCGUAGCUGAUAAACGCACGGGCGCGCUCUCCUCUUCCUCUUUUUGCUGCUUUUUUCUCUGUGCGUAAGCGGAGGGGGACACCGCAUUCACAGACGGGGAAAACAGGAAUGUUUCUUCCGGUUCCAAAGAGUGUGAAAACUGAACGGAAGCCAAUGUGGUCUUUGUAGUCUGUCAGCUUACCCUUGUACUCCUACCCUCGCAUCCGCUACUUGUGCCUCAGUGAAUGCUGUGUGAAUCAGCUCUGCUGGCUCUGGUUUCCCCCAAACUGCAAGAAAAAACAUUGAGACUAGAGAGAGGCCUCUGUCUCCAGAACUGCAGCUGACCACUGACUGCAUGUCUCAGAGCUCUGACCGAUCCCCCUCCUCUUCCUUCUCCUCCUUCCACUUCUCCUCAAGGACCUACAUUUCCACAUAUCCAUAACCUCCAAAUCACCAGCCAACUGCUAGCUGCUUCACAACAGGCACAGCUGGCAAUUGCUAUCCAGGCAGAAGGAUCGACCGUUGUCCUCAGAUUGGUGCUCCUUCAGUGGGGGAGGGAGGGGAAGGAAGGUAGCUGAACACUGUGCCACUUUCCCCGGAGAUGAAGCUGCAGGCUGUCAUGGAGAACCUGCACAGGCAGCAGAGGGCCAAGCUGCUGAUGGAGCAGCAGCUACAGCAGCAAGCCGCCACCCAACAUACUCAGAUCCGUGCAGGAGGAGGAGGAGGGGAUGAGCCCAUGGGGAGCCCGGCCCCUGAAGCGGAGCAGGCCCAGAUGGCGGCACUAGCCGCCAUGCGUGCCGUGGCGGCCGGGCUGCAGAGGGUUUCAGACAGCCCAAUGUCAGAGCACAGCAGCGGCGGUGAGGACGAAGGGGACGAUGAUGACAACGAUGAAGGGGAGGAGCCUUACAAGGACAUGAUGGGGUCAGAUGAGGAGGAGCAGAUCAAACAGAAAUGGGACGAGGAAGACUUUGAAGGCGAGAUGGAAGAAGACUUUGACGACGACCUGGCAGAGGAGGGUCUGCCAACAGGCCAUGACGCCGUGGCUCCCGGGAAGGGCAUCCUCCUGCUGCCCCACCGUCAACUCCACCCCCACUCCCAGCUGUUGAAGGCCCGUCCUAGUGUCGAUCAUGAACCCCGCGUAUCCAUCCUGCCUCCUCACGCUACACAUAGCCAUCUGGGUGGGCAGGACCAUGGAGAAUGGACCUAUGAGGAGCAGUUCAGACAGCUGUAUGAACUGGAUAGAGACCCAAAGAGAAAAGAGUUUCUGGAUGACCUCUUCAGCUUCAUGCAAAAGAGAGGAACCCCAGUGAAUCGUAUUCCUAUCAUGGCCAAGCAGGUCCUGGAUCUGUACAUGCUCUACAGGCUGGUGACAGAGAAGGGCGGCCUGGUGGAGGUCAUUAACAAGAAAUUGUGGAGGGAGAUCACCAAGGGACUCAACCUGCCUACCUCAAUCACCAGUGCAGCCUUCACCCUCCGCACACAAUACAUGAAGUACCUGUACCCAUAUGAAUGUGAUAAGCGGGGUCUGAGCAACCCCAAUGAGCUCCAGGCAGCCAUCGACAGUAAUCGACGGGAGGGCCGACGACAGAGUUUUGGCAGCUCCCUCUUCACCUACUCGCCCAACGGGACGCCCACUAUGCUCUCGUCGCCGAAGAUCUCCUCGCACAGUAUGGGCCUGACAGUGGGCACCAACGGGGCCUCGCUGACCCCCAUCCAGAAGAUCAAGAAAGAAGAGGAGGGAAGCCAGCCACUGCCAGGCGUCGGUGUUUCUCGUUUGCCAGUGGGGGCCUUGGCAGGACACUCUGUGGCUGCCGUGCAGGCAGCGGCAGCUCAGGCGGCGAUGGCGGCUCAGGUGGCGGCUCUUGAGCAGCUGAGGGACAAACUGGAGGCCGGUGAGCCUCCAGAGAAGAAGAUGGCGCUGCCGGCCGAGGAGCAUCACCGACUGCUGCAGAGAGCACUGCAACAUAACCUACUGGCCAUGACCGCUCAGAUACCCAUGAACAUCCGCAUCAAUAACCAAGAAGGCAGGCAGGACUCGGCCCUGAACCUCACCACCAACGGCACAAGCAGUAUCAGCAUGUCGGUGGAGCUCAAUGGAGUGGUGUACACUGGCGUUCUUUUUGCUCAGGCAGCGGCAGGGUCGGCCUUGUCCGGUGCGUCUGGAUCAUCCAUCUCCAACAAGACGGUCAGCAGUCGUGCCACUCCGCAGCAGCAGCAGCAGAACACACCUACCUCAACCUCAACCUCCAGCAACUCAUUGUCUUAACAAACCCCCCUGCCUUUCCCCAUUAUUAUUUUUUUUAAUUACCACGCUAAGAAAAGCCAAAAAUCAACCUCAUUUUCUACAUAAUCUAUGCCAAAAAGAGAAGAACCAUAAACUGUACAGAAAGAUACAAACUGAAACUCACAUCACUUGAAGUACACUAUCUCAGGUUUUCUCUCACCAAAUCACCUCUUUUGUUCUUCAUAGCCAAAAUGAUUUCGGAAAAAAAAUAUCCCAACUGAGAGCCAGUAUAUGCUAAACAAAUAUGUAUGCACAACCUGUGAAUUAUUUAUUUCUGCAUAAAUGUACAGAUUAUCGGAGAACAAAAGAGAAGGUAAUAACUAGGAAGGGUAAUGCACUGUUUACACACACAAACACAGCUACUGAUUGACAGCGAUGUUUUAUCCUCUAGGGGAGAGAUUUUUUAUUUUAUUUGAUCUUUUCAUUGUCAUUAUUAUCAUUAUUGUUAUUCUCUUUAUUGUGUUUUAUCAUUUAAAUCUUUAACAAUCCUCUCACUGCAGGAAAAAAAUCUAUAUAUUUAGAAUUCUAUAAAAAAAGAAAAUAUGAAUAUCCUCUAUUUUUAAUCAGAAAAGCUUUAAAGGUAUAUGUUGUUUCUUCAGGGCAUAUAACAAUGUACCGUUGUGACCUCAUUUUGUGUAAAACCUUAUAACCUUAUUCACAUUGCAGCCAUUUUGGAUCUCUGUGCGGAAGAGCGAGUCUGGUGCAGGUCUGCACUCCUGUUGCGUACCCAGAUAUACAUCAUGUCAAUGCCACAGAUUCUCCAGUGAAACACAAAUGUAAAGCAACUGGAUCUCACAAAUCUGCAAGGAUAUUGGUUCACUUUUUAAUGCAUUUGGUCCAUUUGUGAUCGCUACCAGAGUCUAAGGUAGUAGCUAAUUAGCUAGAAUGCUUCGCAGCUGACAGCCCUGCUGAAUUCAAGCCAUUCUCGUGGCUCUUCUUGCUGAGACAGCUGGACAUUUUUUAUCUAGAAUCCUCACCCGUUUGUUUGCUUGAGACCAGUUCAAUGCAUAUCCUUGCCAGUCUUGCAGGCAUUUCGUCAAGCUUGAAGCUUGAUGUUUUAAGUCUUUCUUGAGAGUUGGUGGGGGUUUUGUUCCCCUCGCUACACCUCAACAUGCUGGACUUUCUGAGCCUCAGCGGUGUCCACACUGACUGUUCAAGUUGUGAAUAAUAUACGUUUUCGAUUGUUCUCAGGUGUCCAUCUGCUCAUCACUUGUAUGACUUGACAGAGCAGUCCUUUUCAACAUCUUUCUCUGCAGAAAGAUCUAAUUUUUGUCCUUUUUCUAACUUGGCCUUCUAGUGGAGUGAUUGUCUUAAGGUCAGAUGCAUGCCCGAAUUUGUAGAUAAAACCCUUCAGCAAUCAGGAGUGAAGCAGGAAGACUAUGAUUUCCUGUCUUGAUUUCACAGCAGUUGUGUAUCCACUAAAUCGAAAUCAUUGUGGAGACACUCACAUGGACAAUCACGUGUCAGGUGACGCUAUUUGAGCUUCAGAGGAAACUUGUUCUGACAGUUAUUUCAGCUCAUAUCUGACGUUUUGUUGCUUUUUUUUGUAUUAUAGAUUACAGAUGCUUUUAUUUUUUGUUUCAGCUUUGUGUGUUGCAUGACGUAGUGCUUAUUCUGAUCCAAGUGCUUCUUAUCCUGUGCUGGGACAAGGACAGGGUCUCUUUGAGACUUGCUUGCCACCUGUCAAGGAUAGAAUAGAGAAUGUCUUGUGAUCCUCUGACUGUUUUUAAAUGUUGCUUAAUUGAGGCUUUUGACAAUGGAGCUCAGAGGAAAUCAUAGCUGUGGCUUGUGUCUUAGUGUUUGUACCAAUGCUCAUUCAGAUUUUUAAAAAAGGUGGCGAUCCCAUAUCAUUCAUGAGUAGUUGUGUCUCUGCUUCUUGAAGUAGAUCAGUCAUUCAGCUUCUUGAACUUUAACCUAGGUUACCUCUCUGGACUGUCGGCUGUUAAAGAUUGUUACUCAAACCCCCAACCCCACCCCUACACAAAGCAGCCUCAUUCCUACUGACGUUAGGAAGUAAAUCAGGCUUUGUAUGUGGGUUCUAUUCUGAGGCCUUAACACAGCAUGAGAUGACCAGAGAGCGAGCAGUACCUCCGUCUAAUCAGUUUUUACUGUUCCAGUCAAAUUUCACCAGAUGGCUGCCGUGGCUUUGAUUCUGGACUCGCUGCUCGGUGGGAAAUCACCACCAGCUGCUACACAAACAACGGUCAGUUUUGAAAAGUACUCUUUAUACUCAGACAGCCAACAGCUCCAAUUCAAAGAAGCAUACAAUAAGUAAUUGUAAAUCUUGAAUUUAGUAAAACAGUGAGAGUGCCUCUUGACACGAGAGAGUGAGCCGUUCACGCUCACUUGUUUCAUUAUUUCUCUCAAAGGAACAGUGGAAGUUCUCAUUGGUUGAGUUUCCUCUCAAUGAAGCCGAAAAAACAGUUUUUCCAUGAAGACAAAUGAGGAAUUCUGAUGGAAAUAUUAAUGGAAUUUGAAAUAUAGAUUAUAUAAUGUAUAUAUUUCGAUGCGAAGCAGCUGUUGAAACCAGAAACGUUUAUUCACGUUCAGCCAGCCUCUACACAAGGGGGCGCUGCUGGGUCAUUAUUAGACUAGUUCAACGCAUGCCAACCUGCGCCACCUAUAGGCAAGAGAGACAGUGUGUGUUUGAGGUUUUACAUUUACGCUUACACUACCCGUCAGCUACAGUAACUGUUGCUAUGGCCAGUUCGCGGGCCACAACAAAGCGGGGUGUCAACGCCAAACUUGGUAAUAACAAACGGAAAUGAAUUUAAGUUGGGAAUAAUAAUAAAUACAGUUUCAGCGCAAUUCAGUGUAAAACAAAAAGGAGAAAAAGCGAAAAGACCUUGGUUAGCAGUGACGAGAUCGAGACACUGGCGGGUGGGCAGGCGGCCUUAAAUAUCUUAGGAACACUGGCCAGAUGUUCCCGGUUACCGUAAUGGCACCACAGCUCCACCCAGCCAAGGACCUGCAACACACACACACACACACACACACACACAAACUACACGGACCGAGGCAAAGGGCACUGGGGUCGUCACGCUAUGAAUGGAGAAUCAUUGUGUCAUACUAACCGUCAGUGGUUAUUAAACACAUUAAACAGACAUAUAACUCAGCUUGUUUCUACAACACCAACUGUUCACUUUUUUCAUUAGUCCUUGAGCUUUCCCAGACAUUUGACCCUCAGACAAGUGAUCUAAAAUGUUAAUUAUUUGUAGAGGAGUCACUGUUCUGCCCAUAAACGCAGCUGUGUGAUAAAAUUGAAAGCUCUGGAACAGAUACGGAGUGGCCAUGUUGUUUUUCAUGUGGUGUUUCUUUCAGUAGCUCCCAAGUUUAUAUUUCAAGUACAAAACUUUGUGUUGACAAAGCUGGUUUUGUCAGUUUGAAUAAUAAACACAAAACCUCAAACACUCACAAACAGCAGUUAUAAAAAGGAAAAACUGUGCUUGUAACAAAUGUUGCCUGCAGGUGGCACAAGUGUCAAAACUGCACCAGUUGCUACUUUCUUCACCUGAACGUGGCGCAUUGUGGACUUCCUGUAAGUGCACCUGCUUCUCUGAAACUGCUGUUGGGGCUCGACAAUGGACAUGAGUCUGGUUUGAUUUGCUUCUAACUGUCUGUUGUUCCUACACUUUAAGUGAGGGUUCAUGAGCUCCAGAAGCAGUCUAGUGAGACUAUUAAAGCUGGUUUGAAUUUGGCGUUAUCAAGGCUAAGCAGUAAACCUAGAUAACAUAGGACAAAUCCACAUGGUUUCAUGUUCAUAGCUUUCUCUUUCCCCUACCCCUGCAUUUUCUCACAGGGUGUCAGCAGCUCUUUGGCUCCGUCCACCGAGGUUUAACCAAUUUUUUUUAUAUCUGAGAAACAUUUGCAGAACUGAAACUCCAGUCUAUGUGAGAUUACAGUUUUCUGUCAGCAGCCUUACAUGCAGCAGGUGGGAGAUAAUACAAGACUGUGUUGCUAUUUAUGAACUGCGUGCACAACUCUGUGCAUUCUUACAUUAAGUUGUUUAUCACUGGAGAAGUAAUUUUACAGAUAUAGAUAGAUAGAUAGGAGACACAAGUAGUCAAGGCUAAGUAUGUUACUGCAAUGAAAAACAGGUAACAUGUAAAAUAGGCAGUCCUCACUGUGGACACUUGAGAGUCUUGUAAACUAAUGCUGGACUGGCUUCUAUACAUUUGAUAGACACCUUCAUGCAAAGCAUUCUGCAGUAUGGCUACAUUUAUGAAACGCUCACCAUGAAAUGCAGCACAGUCACCACAGUUUGGUCAAUAAGUCUGUUUUACAGUUCUUGUGACUUUUCCACACUGUUGUUCACCAAUAAUAUACAUUUGAUGAUAUAAUAAUGGCUGUGGUAAGGAAAGAUGUCAGCUUAAUGUAAAAACCGCAUUUUGCCUUUGUAGUGCAGCAUGAUCACUACGGUAAUGGUGGUGUAUACAUGCUAUUCUAACCUAUAGCUAUUUAGGCCAUAACAAUGAAAGAGCUAGGGUGGAAAAAAAGAUUUUUAACUACAUUUUUGGGGUUGUCUUACUUCUUGAUUCCUCCGUGUGAGCAGAUGGAGAUGCUGUAAAUCUCAUAUAUUAUGAUGGAAAAGGAUGUUUUUGUCAGUUUGGUGACACACAGAAAGCCCAGUUUUUUUCUCCAUGUCUCUUUCUCUGUGCAUGAGUAACAGAUGUCACAGUUGCUGGUAAUGGCUGACAAUCAAAUAGAUACACACUGAGGCUGAAAGCAUUGGUUUGGGGGGGGAGAUAGCAAAUUCAAUCAAUACUGAUCUAAAGGAUCAACAUUGCUUUUUUUAGAUUUGACCUGGUGACCCUUUGGCCCUCAGAGGCAACAUUCAAGCACCUGCCCCCUUCAGUGGAUCCAUGUUUAUCGUGUAUCUAUCGACAGGCUCUGUGACAUAUUUGCAUUUGAACAGUGGAGGUACUGCAGCUCUCUCUCUUUCAGUAUGUGCGCGGCAGCAUCUUCAGCUAAGGCUGGCAUCUUUUUAAUUGCGUGGUAGCGACAAUCAGGGGACGUUAUGACAACACUGUAUACCUCCAAACACUCUGACAUCCCUUCAACCACAAUCAAGCCCUCUUUCUACCUCAAGAGCUAACGCUUUGGCAGGUUUCUUUGCUUCAGCCACAACUGAGAAGCCUGUUGAAGGUUAUCAUAGGAGAGCCUCAUUAAAAUGUUGCUGAUGCUGGUUCAUAAAGACUUUGUCUUAUGAAAGAAAUCAUCCACAGACAAUCAGAUGUCAUCUCAAAAAUCUUGACGUUCAUCUUUAACCAGUUUCAGUUAUGGAAGGGGAACCAGAGAUGUCAGUAUAGUUAAGGAUGCAGUUCAAGCUUCAACCUCUUUACCAAGAGCUCCCCUCGGUGGAAGGUUUUAUUAUGACGCACAAUCAGUUAAGAUUUCCUAAAUGGAAACACAAAAGGGUCCGACCCAAGACUGCAAAGACUCAGUGUCCUUCAUUAUGACCAUUUACUGCAAAAAGAAAAAGACAUUUCAAGUUUUCAUUUCUUAAUUUCUUUCAAGUGUUUCCAUACUUUUAUCCUUGUUGAGGUGACAAACCCCCUGAAACAGCAUUUAGGUCAUCAUGGAUCAGUUAAAUCAGAAAAAUCAUUCAAAUUCAAAAUCAUUCUGAACCUAAACAGUUCAGUCGCUCAUUACAAACAGUAAACAAUCAGUAAUCAAACUCUUUCUGGAGCAGGUUCUGGAACAACAUAGCUGUAAAACUCUGUGGCACCUGGUAUGAAAAGAGGAGGAGAAGGGUUUGUAGCAGAUUUUGGUUCAGGCCGCUGUUUUUUCUGAAUGCUACAUCAGCUACAUCUAUGUGUAUGUGUGUUCACUCAUAGAGCGUGCAAGUGGUUGUAGAUUAGACAAUGCUUACACAAGACUCUGCCUCUGCAGGUAUUGGCUUUUUUUUCUUUCUUUUUUUUUACGUUAUUGUUGUUGUGUGCAGUUAAAAGCUUGGAUUGAUUUCAAAAGUCUGCUUGUUUGGUGCAUUCACGUGCCGUUGUACAGACUGGAACAGUGAUUUAGCUGGACUAAUUUUCAUCACAUUCUUAAUGCAAAAAGCAUUUUGUUUGUCUUGGACCCUCAGAGUGUCUCGUGAUUGGCUUACUCGCUUUAUGUCUAAAUGUCAUAACAUAAGAAAGUCAUUGAAAUACUGCUGCUUUUACUCCAACCAGAGCUGUAGCUUUAAGAAACUCUUGAAAUCCUACUAGGUCCAGAUUGUCUUGCAUGGGAAAUUGACUCCAACUCCUGUUCCCACAUGCUGCCAACAUGGAAAUUUUGCUGCAGCGUUUACGGGUUAAGGUGCAUGUGGGCUAGGGGCUUUUGACUGGACUUCGCCACUGACUUUACCUCCAUCAGGUGGACUGUGGACAAGGAAAAUGAUGAUGAGAAAUAACAAGAUGCCUUCUGCUGUGACAAUUGUAUGAAUUAACAUGUAUUACUAAGAUUCAUUAAAUAGAAUAUUUCUGAAAUAUGGCUUUUUAGGGCUGUGAAUUAUAUCAUGUUUAUAUUGUUUUUUUUUUUUUGCUCUUGCUUUGCUUUUUACUUUUCUUCCUGGAUUUGCUGUAGCAACCCCGGCACACAGAGAUUACAUUUAGAGCAGAUUUAUUAAUAUAGCGAUAAUGAUGAUGGUAAUAAUGUGAUAAUUUUAGGGAAGCAUGUGAUGUGUGUGGGGGGGCUUCACGUGUCUUCAAAUUAACUUCAGAACUGAAACAAGGCUCUUGUCUUUUACAACUUCUCAGGAAAAUCUACCUCUACCUCCAGUUUGAUGCAUUUAACCCAGUGAGGGCUCAAGUUACAGUUUUAAUGGGUACACGAAGAGGGCGUAAGGGCGGACACCAGGGUCCAAAAUGAACCUCAGCAUACCAGUACAGUACUUCAGAUUAGUUGUAAUCUCAUGACACAAAUGAGACUGUGUUAAAAAUUAGUAUUGUGGUGUAUUUCUACCAUUAUCCUGGCUGGCAAUAAAUUAAAAGAUAUAGUUGUCACGCUGAAGGUGAACUGUGAGGUUAAUUUUGGACUGUGGGUGGCGUUCUGUCUCUCUGUUUCUCUCUCUGUGUUACAGGUUCGUAACACUUCUGCUGUUUAGUUUAUCAACAACAGGGAACCUCCAGCUCAACAAAUAACUACUACUAGUACGAUAACAAGUACUGCUUCUAGUACCACUGUUCGUACUGCAAGUUGUUUUUUUCAGUCUGUUCUAUUAAUGUGUGCUUAUUCCUCCUGUUUUCUAUUAUGAUUACAUUUUUGAUGAAUGGGAUGUUUCCCGGUAACCACGGUAACAGUGAAGUGGCGGCGGGCAAUGCAACUGUUUUUUUUUUCUUUUUGUUUUUUUCUUUGUUUUCGAAGAGAGGUGAAGAGCUAUUCUUGCCUAUUUACUCAAUAUGUGUUUGUGUGAAUACUUUUAUUUUGAAUCUGAAAUUAAUAAAAUAUCACCUUUCUUAA